CGUCCUCGCUGGACGAUGGGCAUUCUCAACGACCCAACCACAGACCAAGUACCCGGCUCUGUCCUCCUCCUCUCAAGUGUCUCCAAGUUCAACGAGCCGCUUGGCCUCGACAAUGCUCCGGCGCGCACAUCGUUAUCAUCCAUUCCUCACGUCAGUAGUCCAAGCAGACACGACGCACCCGAAAAAUGCACACCCGACGGAAAAUUCGUCCUCGAGCCUCAGCCUCAUGAUUCACCGAAUGAUCCCCUCAAUUGGACUCUUUGGCGUCGCGAUCUUGCCCUGCUCUCCCUAGGAUUCUACUGCAUGGUCGGUGGCGGUAUGACGCCCAUUCUCGCAGCCGGUUUCGAGACGGUGGCGGCCGACUUCAAGAUCACCGUGCCUCAAGUCGCACUUACGCUGGGUAUGUACUCGCUUGGCCUCGGCUUAGGAAGCGUGGUGCUCAGUCCCACCGCAAUCCUCUACGGCAAGCGGCCAGUCUACCUCGUCGCCUCGGUCUGUUUCGUCAUCUCCGCCGUUUGGUGCGCUGUCAGCCCAGACUUGACCAGCCUGCUCCUCGCUCGUAUUUUCAUGGGAUUUGCCGUGAGCAGCGUCGAGUGCUUACCCUCUGCGACUAUUGCAGAGAUUUAUUUCCUUCACGAAAAGGCAUAUCGCCUUGGUGUGUAUACUCUAUUGCUGCUCGGUGGUAAGAACAUCGUGCCGCUUGUCAGUGCAGUCAUCAUCGGUACUCUCGGUUGGCGCUGGGUUUUCUGGAUCGUGGCCAUUGUUGUUGCGUUUGCUGCUUGUUUGUUAUUCUUCUUCGUCCCAGAGACAUUUUGGGAUCGUACACCGAUACCUCGGAACGACCGCCCGCGGAGUCGAAGGAUCCCUGCACUCCUCCAUGCCAUGAGCCCUCAUGGAAAAGAAGACGGUCCCUCUGAUGAAAAGUCUGUCCACAACAAUACAGAUAGCGAUGAAGCCAUCCAACAAGCACAUCCGCCCCUCAGCCACCAUUCACAGAUCGAAGACACCCCUCGCCAAUUGUUUGCUAUCACCGAAAAGAAGGAAGGUCACGAGAAGACUGGCGUGGCUGAUGUAUACGGCAUACCCAAGACCCCGGAAACAGACAGUGAUGAACCUUCACGGCAGAACUCAUACACAAGCCACUACUCCACCCAACCACUCAAAACAUUCUCUCAGAGCCUCCAAAUCGUCUCCGGCCGACUCCGCGAGGACAGUUGGUUCCGCGUCGCUGUCCGCCCUUUCUUCCUCUAUUCAUACCCGGCAAUUCUAUGGUCGAGCUUAGUGUACAGUCUGAGUAUCGGCUGGCUGAUCGUCAUUUCCGAAUCAGUCGCUGUCAUCUACCAGCGACGAGAAACCUACAACUUUACACCGCUCCAGGCCGGACUCGUCUACCUGAGUCCAUUCAUCGGCGGAAUCUUUGGAACCGCCGUUGCGGGAAAGCUCUCCGAUGCGGUCGUUCGAUACAUGGCCCGCCGCAACGGCGGUGUCUACGAGCCGGAAUUCCGCCUCAUCAUGACUAUUCCGAUUGCUCUUAGCACCACCAUUGGGCUGAUGGGCUUCGGCUGGAGCGCACAGAAGAUGGACAACCCGAUCGUCCCUACCGUCUUUUUCGGCAUUAUUUCUUUCGGCUGCAGUUUGGGUUCCACGACGGCCAUUACAUUCGCGGUCGAUAGCUAUCGUCAGUACUCGGGAGAGGCACUGGUGACGUUGAACUUCAGCAAGAAUAUCUUUCACGGGCUGGUGUUCAGCUUGUUCUUCAACCGAUGGUUGGAGAGCGAGGGCAGCAGGGAUGUGUUCCUCGCCAUUGGUGGUAUACAGUUGGCUUGUCUGUUGACGACGAUUCCCAUGUACAUCUAUGGCAAGCGGGCGAGGAUGUGGACCGUGAGAAAGAAGAUUAUGGAUAAAGUGUGAGGACGAUCGUUCACUUAUACAUCAUAUUUUCGUAGAUUCAUACACUAUACCACUUUGCCGACGUAUUCAUUGCCGUCCAG